UUUGCCCAGCCGUGCAAUGUCGGGCUCAAAGAUAACCCAAGGGGGAAAAGAAAAGAAAAAUAUUGGCUGCCGAAUUACCAAGUCUGAGCGGAAGGAGGUCGCGUUGAAUCAGUGGGUCACGAGUUUUUUUAUUGCGACAGUCGACGGGUCUUUUAAUCUCGCCCUUAUCUUGCGGCGGAGCGUAGUAGUGUGUGUGUGUGUAUUCACCGAUUGUUUAUAGUGCUUCGAUUGUUCGUUGCACAAGGUAACCCCGAAGUUAAAGAUGAGACGUGGACGGCAGCGGCGGCGCCGCCUCUCGGAAAGGAACGCGGUAUCGCGCCGUUUCCGGCCGACCCUGCCGUUCCAUAAAGCGGCGCCGGAGGGAUGAAUUGUACAAAGUAGGCGGCCUUGGUUAAUUUGCCCUUGAGCUGCGCCCGCAGUCAACCGGGGAAGCCGCUGUUGUGCGAUGUCGGUUACGUGCGUGCAUAGCACGCAGCGCGUCGACUUGUAGAUUGAGGAACAGCGGGGGGAACCGGGGUGGCGCUGGCGUACGUCCGUGCGGCUCUUUCUCUUUGACCCGCAUCGCGGAUUUCCACCACGAGGUGGCCCGCGGUUUGGCAAGCGCAUUCGUUCGUGAUGGCUUGAUGCUGUGCGCCUCCGCUCCGGCACGGAGAUAUGGUAGCGGGAGUCAAACUCAAAUCGCUGGAUUCGAUGAAGAGUAUCGCGUGCUGGACACUGUUCAUUUCCUACAUGACGUGCGUGCAGUGUUUUCGUUGCAGCUACGUCCCGCCCAAAGUCGAAGACGUAUUAAAUCCGGUGCAUUUGGAGCCAUCAUCACACGUUAGGAAGCGGAGCAUCAGUCAACCUUUAAGAAUCAAAGUGUUCUACGACACAAGUGUGUACAGGUUACCCGUUGAAAAGUUUGAAAUCAUAAACGACACCAUCCUCCCUGAAGCACUCGCUUACUGGGAGAGAACACUCAUGGUGAGGCCAACACUAGUGCCUAUUAGGCUCAACAGGAAAUGCCCAAACAAUCAAGCCUUCUCACCUGAUCAGGAUCCAUACUUGUAUUGCAACGAAUAUUGCGAAAAUGUGACUACUUGUGGUGAAGUUGCCGUUCCUGAGGAACAUUUGGAGCCUUGCAGAGUAUGCGACCGCACUGGCCGAUAUUGCCAGACACAGCCAGGUCCACGUGGCAGGGGGAUUGCGGAGGCCGAUUUCGUGUUCUACGUGUCAUCGAUGCAAACAGAGCGCUGCUUCAAGGGCCAGACUGUCGCCUAUGCUGCACACUGCCAACAGGAGGCCUCCACUGACAGGCCCAUUGCUGGUCAUGCCAACCUGUGCCCUCACUCCAUCUCCACAAAGCCUCAAGACAUGGACACCCUGCUGUCCACAGUGAAACAUGAAAUUCUUCAUGCUUUGGGCUUCUCGGUGAGCUUAUAUGCCUACUUUCGUGAUAGAAAUGGCUAUCCAUUGACACCCAGGGAGAGGAAUGGAAAGCCAUCAGUAAACAAAGAGUUGCAAACUCACAAGUGGAGUGAACGUGUGAUGCGAAAGGUGAUGCGGACCAACUGGAAGAUUCAUGGAGGAAGCAUCAGCAAGAUCUCCUGGAUCAUGGUGACACCCCGUGUUGUGGAGGAGGCUCGGCGCCAUUUCAACUGCUCGUACCUGGAGGGAGCAGAGGUCGAGGACCAGGGAGAGGAUGGCACCAGGCUGACUCACUGGGAGAAAAGACUCUUUGAGAAUGAGGCAAUGACAGGGACUCACACUCAGAACCCAGUGUACUCCAGGAUCACUUUAGCUCUCAUGGAAGACACUGGUUGGUACCUUCCCAACUAUGAUCAAGCACAACCUCUCAAGUGGGGCCACAAUUUGGGCUGUGACUUUGCCUUAAAGAGCUGCAAGGACUGGAUCGACAGCCGUCGUGCAAGGGGCGUGACCAUCCAUCCCUUUUGUGACAAGGUGAAGAAGGACCCCCUCGAGACUGAGUGCACGGAGAGCCGCGACUCUGUUGCUCUCUGCAACCUGGUGGACCAUGGGGAGGAACUGGAGCCAGUAUUUCAGAACUUUGAUUCCAUUCCCGGCGUUCCAUCCAAUGAGCUUAGCAGGCAUGGUGGGUCAGUCAUACUCGCCGAUUACUGCCCUUAUAUCCAGGAGUUUACCUGGAACUCAAAGAACACAGUAGUCCGGGGCUCGCGGUGCCAAUUUCCAGAAAACAAUCCACAAGAUGAAAAGAACUUUGCCUUGGAGUACUAUGGACCAGGUUCCAAGUGUUUCAACCACAACAAGGAAAUGUGGGAGGAGAGGACGUGUCACCAAGUGCGUCAGUGGCCACACUGGGGGAGCGGUUGCUACAAGUAUGCUUGCGCCAAUGGCCGACUACAAAUCGAGGUGGCAAACUACACUUAUACUUGCUACCACUCAAAACAAGAAAUUAAGAUACAACUUCAAUACAGUGGUUGGCUGCACAUAGGUACUAUUGUCUGUCCACCUUGCCGGGAGAUUUGUGCGAAGGAAGGCAUGGAUUGUGAUGCAGACCUGGUCAAGGCAAGCUACCUGCAGGCGGAGAAGUAUUUCCACAAGGAUCGUCUCCUCUGCUGUGCCGGAAGGCAGUCUGCCAUUGCUCUGGUGUGGCUAGCGCUGAUUUUGCUAGCAGUGCUGAGGUGACCCAGGCUUUGACUCUGAGGGAAAGCCUCGAAAAGGACGAUUCUGGUCACGGGAGAUUGUCUGAGCUGAGAGAAGGAACUAGGUGACAAGCACCACCGUGCAAUCGCAUAUUACCUACGGAUUUCAGGGAGGCUGGGGAUUUGAAGUUGCCAGAUUCAGGGGAGCCCGCAACAAAUGUGCCGCCCAAGGGCAGACAUGCUAUUUCUUACAUCAUUUUUUGGGUUUAAUUCUCUGGACAUCCUGACUGGCUCCAAAGCUUUAGUACCUGCAUUGUAUCAUAUGAGCGUUUCCUUCAUGCUCAUCGUAGAUUUUAUGGUUUCCUCGAUUUCUCGCUAGAGGCCUCUUUUGCAUCUAGAGUGCAAAAGACAGAGUGAUAACGGUCUCGGGCCUUUUGAACAUCAUUCAUUCUUUCUUGGCUUAGCAUUGUCUCGAACAAACACAUAUGGGCAAAAGCUCUUGAGUACUUUGCCAAAAGUGAUGCUGUAACAAAUUAAUGGAUAUUUUUGUUGCUGAAAUACUAGGAAGCUUCUUGGUUCUGAACGAAAAUGUCUAGCACUCGGAGAGUAACAUAUUUUCUGGGCUAUAGUCCACAGACUAUAGAUGUUUAAGAGCUGAAAUUUUAGGCUGUGCAAGCUAUCUACGCGUGCGGACUAUACAGGAAUUAUGCUUUUCAAAAUCGCUCAUUAUGACGAGACAUGACGGAUUUUGUUAAUGAAAGUGUAUGUAAAUGACGAUUUACGUAUAAUACAAACUUCCUUAUGAGCUAAGAAAGCAUACAUUUGUCAAGAUGUGCCGUGUAUGAGAAAAGUUUUUGUGUCGAGCACCAGGUGCGACUAUGCACGGCGUGCGGACUAUGCAUUGGGUGUGGACUAUACCAGGUGCGGACUAUAGCCCGGAAAAUGCGGUACAGAGAAGGGGUGAAGACAUUGAGACCUGUGAUGGGCGAACCUUAGGUGCAUGGUGUGAUUUGAGGUCGUUGCUGUAAAGCAUCAUGCCUCAAAUGCAUCACAAAUGUUUACGACUGCAUGCUCUGUGUUGCAUAUUACACACUUUCACGAUUAACAAUCCUCCACCUUAGCAACCCUGAAAACAAAGAAUGAAGUUUUUUUUUUUUUUUUUGUAUUUUAUGUUGCCUAUUUUGACAUUACUGAGAAGUUAUAUGCAUGUGCCAAGGGCCCCAGACAAUUUCUAAUACAUAGUAUAAUGUGUCUAGCAAACGGGUAACAUUAUGUAACAACAAAACUGGAAUCUCCAGCCAAAACAUGAGGGUUUAUCAAAAAGUAAUUUCCACUUUCGAAUAAAGCACAAAAUAAAUAUACAAUAUCCCGAGUCAUCGCCCACCCCACUUUUUGGGUGAAUAUCAAUUAUAAAAAAAACGCCGAGUGAUCACCCCCAAAAGAAUCUUUUUCACUUUUUCCAGGCAAUUCAAUAUGGUGUCGGAAGACUACCCAAUUAAUAUUUUGCUACCGAGUCACGUAAAUUUUUAAUAAAGCCAAAAAACGCAACUGCUCGAAUCAAACUGAAACCUGCGCACAGAGGUCGGAGAAAGUGCCGGAAGUCACGUGGCUACACCCGACCGCGCGCUUUUUUAAUGCGAAAGCAUUAACUGGGGGGGUCCCAUGGAGUGAGCCGACGUCAUCAGUUUGAAGUGCGCCAAGUGGCACCUUAAAUCCUUUCUCCAAGUGAAGCCAGCUCCCAGCUAUGAAACCACGCAAAAAGCCUAGGCAGCGGCACCUAGUUUCCCCAAUCCCAAAGGAGCGGAGCAAAGCUGAUGGAUUUCGGCUUUGGUCCCAUUGGCUGGCGCACGUUGACGAGGCUCUCAUUGGCCGCUGCGCGUCAUUUUCCCAUGGCGCUGUGUGUCCGCAAAGCCGCGGCUCCACGCCCAAUGUCAUUGCAUGAACUUGAUCAUCGACGCAAGUACGAAGCAGACGGCAGAAGGGAGCAGAAGAGCGGCGUGCAUGUUUUCGCAUUCACAACUCGUAAGAAAUGCUUAGAUGUACCUCGAGUUGCUUUUUUUUUUUCUUUGCGCGCAGCUGACGACAGCGUUGCAGGAAUUGUUUGCCCUUGCGAUUGCUUUGCAGUCAUGUUUGUUUCGCUCGCUGUUCUGCACUUCAAGAUGUGUUGUUUUGUGUUUUGAAGAGUUGGAAAUGAGUAGUGAGUGCCCGCAAUGAAUGCCCGUGAUCGGCUCCGAAAAGAAUGCCCCCAAGAUGUCGCUUGAAGAGCUGCCUCACAGGUUCUGCAUCCAAAAAUGGCAUUGUGCGGCAGAGUCUACAAAAGUUUACGAAAGAUCAAUGGGAUGGGACCAAUGGCGAGCUGCAAUUCCUGCAGAGCAGUUACAGGCACCUCGGAAGGCAGACGCUACCCAAUUUAUAUGCUCCUUGCCUUUUGUGGAAAGUGACUACAUUGAGUUUGCAGUUGUCAAAAAGGGAGUCCCGUACCAUUUAGGUCAGCGACAUUUCGUCGACAUUUGUUUUUCAGUGAUAAUUGUAAAAAAAGAAUGUAAAUAUCUCAAAAUGUUAAAAAAAAAAAAAGACAGUUCGCUCACUUUUCGGAUUGAACCUGGGUCCCCUGCGUGUGAAGCAGACACCUUUCCACAGGAUUACUCUACAGCUUUGAAUAGCUCUUUUGACAAAUCGUCUUGUACGAGACCCGAUAGGGGAAACUGCCCGAGCGAUGUCUACAGCCACGAGAAGGGGCGAUGAUUCGGGGACGUCUUCUUGCAAAUCAGCUUGGUGGUCGGGCAUGUCAUACAAAAUGAAUCCUAAUUGUUUUGAUCGGUCCAAAAUUUCUCUUUCGAAAGAAGACAAAUUCGCCGGUGCCGCGAACGACAGUUCUGAAGUAGAGGUCCUACGCCCGUCGUCUGUUGCCAUCGCCGUUCAGCCUGCGAGUCCCACGAUAUGCGAUACGACGCCAUGUUCAGAAUUACACAGUGAACGCACAGAAUGCAUCUGGUUCUCUGUGCAACUUUUUUUUCAAUCACCAUAUUUGCAGCUUUUUAGAAGCCACAAAAAAUGGGUUUAAUCUUUUUUGUCUAUUUUUAAUAUUGAGUGUGUGCCUUCAAUGACCCACGGCUUUGAUUAAAUUUGGUAGUUGUGUCUAAACCUUAGAAAACAGCCCGUGACCACAGAGAAGAGAGUGAGCGCGACUCAAACCGGCCAAAUCUCGAUUGGCGGUUUUUGAGCGGAAAGAAACCGAAUUUCGAACCACAAAUUCUGUUCUGGGUAGUUGGGCUCUCAUAUAUCAUGUACAAGUAAAAACCUCAGCGAGCAUAAAUACCCUGUCAGCGUUCCUUUAAGAAAGGUGCCGUAGUGAAAAGCUUGGAGAAACUAUUCAAUAUUCUAUUAGAAAAUAUUUGGCCAAAACCGCUAUUCGCUUUGUAUUUGCUUCAAACUCAAAAUCCACUAUUCACAUAUGACUAGAUACUACCAAUAGAGCAACCCCUGAGCCAGUGUUGUCAGAAUUGGCUAAAACAGGAAAACCCCAAGUUGGAGCCGUCCUAUAAUGACAAAACCCUUCGCUGAAAGAAAUCUUUAUUUACAGCUUCAUUUCGUGCUGACCCUGUGCACAGCCUAAACUGAAUUGUCUGCGAGGCUGCAUCUUUCUUCGAGAACCAAAUACCUUAUCCCCUACCCUAAUGAUUCUGGGACAAUUUAUAGGUGGUUGGGUCAUGCUCAGGUGCCCUGGUGGCUGGGCAAUUAAUUCCGUGUUCCUUUUAAAUAUAAGCCCAGCAAAUGCAAAUUUCUGCCUGACAUUGAAAAUUAACACUGAAGAAUGCCAAAUCUCUGUGGAAAAUAAAGUACAAGAAAAAAAGUUUGUGAAAAAUAAAACAUGGAACUUUAAUUUCAAGUUACACCUUUUUUGUUAAGUGGCUGGGCCCAAAAAAAGGGGUAGACUUUUUUCGAGGUUUUGGCUUUUAGGGUGUGCAAAGAAUCAUGUAAAUGAGGCAGUUUCUAACAAGUAACCAAACAGACUAGCUUUGUUAGUGUUUUGUGGCAACAUUCGUGUUUCUCGCUGUGUAAUGUGUGAAUUCAGAGAUUUGCAACAACCUGUACGCUUCAGCUUAAGCUUAUCGAUGCUGCUGGUCAUCAAAUGUUAAGCCAUUGCUUUGCACUUACAUCCAUGCAGCCUUUUCUCUGAUCUUGCCUACAAGGAAUAUUUAUGUAUUUUCAUUUUAGCGAGAAUUUUUUUUGAGGCACAUUUUAGUUCAUUCUAGGGUUAGGUGCCCUUUGUAUGAGCGUGCAUCUACUUAAAGCAGGCUCAUCCAUUAUUCUGGUCAUCUUUUGGGGCCAGAGUUAAAGGCGGAAUCGUGAGGUCUACCUUGUGCAUUUUGAAGUGCAUUUCAGGACGUUCAAUUUUUAACUUGCUUUUUCUAGGGAGAACAGUGGUAGUCACAUCUUGCUGUCAUUGGUGCAACAGUAUAGCAGGCUCUCUGCUUUCAUCAGCCUUCUUAUUGUCUUGUUUUACACAAGCACUACCUUUAAUUGCCAUGCAGUAUUUUUUUGUGUCUUGUGCUUUUGCAAUUGGAAAGAUUUUGAAGCACAAACCAUUCAGAUGUGUAACGGUGUAUGCCAAUGCAAGUUGUCUAGAUUCUAUGGAAGCUACAGGAUUGAAUAAUGAGCAAAUGGAAACAUGUUGAUGGGUCUCUGUUGUUUUGAGGGUGUGUCACAAGACAUAUGAGAGUAUAACUUGUGUCCUCUAUUCUCAACUCUACAAGGGGCCCUGGUUGUCAUCAUGGGGCAUCAUUUAAGGUUCAAUUUUGGGUAAAUUUGUCUACAAUGCACAAAAUGCUUUUUCCCAAACUCUUUCUUACCAAUACUCUCGCAUGCAGAAAAAUAUGCGACUUGGAAGCAUGUUUAUAAUGUGAAACUAUCAUAAAAUAUUGUGGUUUUUCUUUAAUAUGGGUCUGCAUGCUCUUCUGAAUCUGCGAGGGCAUUUCCGAGAUCUCCCCAUUGACUUUGUGGAAGCCUCCCGCGACAUGUCCGUUAAGUGUGCUUUCUCUCACUACAGUCGUGCACUGCAAAGGAGUGCAACUACAAAAUGCAGAAAAGGGAGAAAUUGAAAAAAAAUCUACCGCCUCGAUAAUCUUGCUGGUGUGACGACUGUACCAGCUUUGGACUACACAUUGUUUUGGGGAAACAGAAGCCUUUAAAGUGCAUUUCCAUUAUCUGGGGCCUAGCGCAAUCAAGUGAACAGCCAGGUUUCCCCACCCUGCUGCCUUUUCACACCAAAGGGAAAUGCAGUUGAAGGGAGGAGCAGUCCUUCAAGAAGAUCAACUAAAUUAAGGCAUUGGCUGCCAUUUUUCUACUUCAACUAUCUCACAAGCUUUGGUGGCAUGCACUGUGAAGAAGCACAUUAUGUGUAUUUCUUUCACUUUAUAUUGUAGUUUCUGCUUUCCAAGUAUCUAAUGACACUUGAAUGUCUGAAAGACUUUUAUGCCAUUAGAUUAUGGGUUGUUGCACAAGUCCAUAAUCAGUUGCAAUAUUUACAAGCUAAUGAAGCAACUUUCAACGUGCAAUUUGAAAUAGAACAAAUAUAUUGAAGGAAUGCAAAGAGGGUGCAGUGAAAGUAGAAAACUUGAGAAGUUUGAGCUUUGAAAUAUUUGUUUUGUGGGAUCCCCCAACGCUGAAUAUUAAAGUUGUAAGCAUGGUAUGGCAUGCAUCCUUGCUAACCAUCAAGGUAAUCAAAGAUUGGUGUCCAAUUUCAUUUUUGCUUGUUUUCUAAUAUUUGCAGAUAAUAUUUUGUACAGAGAAACUUUUAAGGGCAUAGCAUUAUGAGUUUGACACUGAGUUGAGCUGUCCAUCAUCACACUGUUUGUGAGACCAUUUGUGAUGCUAAUAAUUGCCAUCAUUUAUUUUUUCUGUUUUAUCUUUUACUUGCACAUGCCCUUAUCGCGUUCCUUGGUACUUUUUUAGCCAUGCUCUGCUCCAUGCACAAACAACCCUGACAUAAUUCAUAAUACUUAUGAGACUGUUUUAUUCAUUCCAGUUAAGCUCUGUGUAUUUGUUUAAACGGGUUUUACAUUGUUUAAUUAUUUAACUGUGAGUGCCACUAUGAAGCGAUUGCUUUUCUGCCAGGGACUGCUUUGACUCUGGCCCUUUUUUUGUUUCUUGUUUUCAAACCUCAUGUUCUGGCUUUUUUUUUUUUAUCAACAUCAAAAUUAUAAAAAUAUUUCAUCAUUUAAUUGCAAACGAGGAAACCAUUGAAUCUAGAAAAGCACCAACUGGGUGCUUUCCCUUGCAGGGAAUACCAUCCAUAAACCAUUAUCAUCAAGUAGCAGAGAAGUAAUUUUUUUAGUGUUUCUCAUUUUUACUUUUUAUUCCAUAUUUUGUAUGUGUUUCUCAUCCACAUCAUUUCUCCUGGUAGAGUGACUGAGCAGAUUUUGCCAAUGCAAAAAGCCAACUCACUGUGGUGUUCAUACCUAGUUUCACACUUCUCCAAUCAGGUGUACAAUUUGUAGGUAUGAAAGAGCAACAUGUAUGCAAGUUAAAAUAUUAAAAACAAUUAUGAUAAUAUCGAGCAUUUCAACUUGUGUAAUAUGUUAAUGUCUGGCAUUGAGUUAGGUUUACUGAUGGCUCCAGGAGCUUUUCUGAGAGCUAAGAUGUUUACCUUUUAUGGUGUUUUCAGCACUACAGAAAUUCAUAUUCCAAUAUUAUUGCCAUGUCAUGGAUUUUGCACAUUGUCACAGAAAUAUUUUGCUCGUAAAUGUGCCCAGGCGGGCUGUCAUCUAAUGAUGCAGAGGGUGUUUGCUUUCUACAUGGGUGUACUCUUUGCAGGGCUUUAGACGUGCUGGCCGGCAUAAAAGUGAAGAGUGCGAACAUUCCACACAUGUACACAUUAUAUGUUAUUCUCUAUAAGAAUCUAUCCAUGCAUCAUCAUGUCACCAUGUUUGUCUCUUUUUUUAGUUGUAUUUAAGCAUGGUCCGAAGAAAAAGUGUUUAUUUAUUGUACAUCUUGAAAGCUUCCUCAUUUGUAGAUUUUGCCUUGGAGAAUACACAUUCUGAAAAGCA